UUUAGGUGACUUAUAAACAAUAAGUUAUUAUUUCAUGCUUAUAGCACUGCUGUUAUAUGGCACUGGUGGCUCUCACCUACCAGCAAGUGAACUGUUGUGUUUUGAACUAACUUAGCUUGCUUGUAUUUUUCAUAGGUAGCUCCAUGUAAAGUAAAUGAUUGAAGCAAGAGGUGUGCUUUGGGAGAAAAGCAGGUCCUUCGCCUUGAAAGGAAAAUGAUGGGGCACAAGCAAAGCAGAGCAAUGCCCAUUCUGCGGGUUUUCACAUUGGCACGAAGGGAAGCUAUAACUAUUUCAGAGCUGUUUUUUGACAUAGGACUUGGCCACUGAAGGGAAAUGAACUGGAGGUUGCAUUUCAGAGUCUCUGCAAGGAAAACCCUGCUUCAUAUUGCCAGUUUACAGAGAUUAAUUGGAUGGAAGUCUCUGGAUUUCUGGAUGUAUGCCCAGCAUCAGCAUUUUAGAAAUUCUUCCACUCUGACAGCCUGCAAAAAUCUUCCCUUAAUUCCAUUAAGAUCUGUCCUCUGCUUUCCUCAUGGAAAACAUUUGCUGCAGAAGUCUUCAGAAAGUAGCUUAAAAAAUACAACAGGCUUGUCUGGGAUAAGGAUCCAGGGAAUAAGGUUAUUGUCCCUAUCCACAUUCUCAAGAGUGUUUUUUGGAAUUGGCCAAGGAGGAAAUAACAGUGGAAAUAAGAAGCUCAGCCUAAGAGAUGUGAUGGAACGCAUCCAGAAGAAAGAAUGCCAUAGGAUAGUAGUGAUGGCUGGAGCAGGACUCAGUACCCCGAGUGGGAUUCCAGAUUUCAGGUCUCCUGGGAGUGGGCUAUACAGUAACCUUCAGCAGUAUAAUAUUCCGUACCCUGAAGCCAUAUUUGAACUUAGCUACUUUUUCCAGAAUCCCAAGCCUUUCUUCAGGUUAGCUAAGGAGUUGUACCCUGGCAAUUACAGGCCAAACUAUGCCCAUUAUUUUCUUCGACUUCUGUUUGACAAAGGGCUCCUUCUGCGCCUCUACACACAAAAUAUUGAUGGGCUGGAGAGAGUUGCUGGGAUUCCUCCAGAUAAAUUAGUUGAAGCUCACGGCACAUUUGCUUCUGCUACAUGUACUGUCUGUCGAAGAUCAUAUUCAGGAGAGGAUUUCAGGGGGGAUGUGAUGACUGACAAAAUUCCCAAAUGCCCUGUUUGCACUGGAGUGGUCAAGCCUGACAUUAUAUUCUUUGGAGAAGAGCUCCCUCAUCGCUUCUUCUUGCAUUUGACAGACUUUCCUAUGGCAGACCUGCUUUUUAUCGUUGGAACCUCCCUUGAGGUGGAGCCCUUUGCUAGUCUGGCAGGAGCUGUCCGUGGUUCUGUGCCUCGUGUUCUGAUUAAUCGAGACCUGGUGGGGCCAUUUGCAGUCCGGUCACAGCACAAUGAUGUAGCUGAACUGGGAGAUGUAAUCAGUGGAGUGGAAAAAGUGGUAGAACUGUUAGGCUGGAAAGAGGAGCUACAGGAACUAAUAAAAAAGGAAAAAGAAAAGCUGGAUAUAAAGCAGAAAUAGAAGUGUAUUCUCUACUUUUGAAAAGAUUUAACUCCUCAAAAAGUAAAGUGUGCCUCAGCCAAAGGUUAUAGUGAUAAAUUCACAGAUUGGGGUGAAAAGUUUUUGUUCACCUAGUAGGUAACGGUAAGAACUAUCUGGAAAUAAUAAUUUAACUCCUUCGACAUUUUUGAAGCCUCAAAGAAAGGCAUGUUUUCAAGCCUCUUGGGGAGAUGAAAAUAAAAUAAUUUGAUGAAGACUAAACUUCUGGUCCUGGUGACCAACCCAGACUGGAUCCUACAAAUAAUUUGAAUUUAAUUUUCCAUGAAGAUAAGCUGUAAACAUUUUCAAUGUAACUGCUAUCUCCCUUUUAGAACGCAUUCAUUUUCUCCAAUUUUUUUUCUUUUUCACCUUGGAUUACUUCUGAGUCAUUUUAAAAGUAUUACGGAUAUGGGGUGUUUUAAUCAGAGCCUCAACAAGAGUAUUUCAUUCAUACUGAAUCCACAAUUUUCUACCCACUUGGAAGAAAUCAAAUUUGGAGUGCAGUUUUUAUCAAAAGUGAAUUCCAGCUUUAUUUAUCAAUGUAUAAAGUAAAAGUUAUGAAAAUAAUGUGUGUAUUAAUUCACAGAUAUCACUUAUGUAACUUGAAAAGUUUAUCCGUCAAUAUUUCUAGUAAGAGCUAGCAUAUACAGGAAUGCUAUACUGUGGUUGCUGGAUGAACGUGUAGCAUUUGCAACUACAGUUCAAUUUAAAGCAAAAUGAAAUCUAUUUUAACAAUAGCUCAGUAUUUUCAUUUGAUUAAUUAAAGCUUUCAUUCCCUACCUUGAUUUUAUUUAAUACUUAUAUUUCAAAAAAUCCUUAUCAUUUGGUUUCAUCAAUAUAUCAAACCAUUGAAACAUUGGUUGAAUCCAUUCAGCAGAUUCAACCUCAGUUAACUAGUUUCCUGUUUAUUAUCUUCUUAAAAGAGAUGGUGGUGUGCCUUUUUAGUUUUUGGUUUCAUUUUAUACUAAUCAUUCCAAUAACAGUGAAGAGCUCUUCAGAAAUUUGUUGAUAGACUACAACUCUCAACAGCCUUAGCCAAAAUAGGCUAAGGUAAAAAAAAAAAAAGCUUUGAAAUGUAAUGCAGCAAAAUCUGAGGAAAGUCACAAACUACCCUUUCCUGCUUAUAUUAUCUUCAAAAACUGACAAAAUCUUUUCUAUUCCAAAUUAGAAGUAGCUGAAAGAACAAUAACCCAGGUUGGAUCUUCCAAUCACUACAGAUUGAGUAUAUAAUUAAUGAGAUUGAUAUUUUCUCCUUCCCUUAUCAACUCAAUAUUGUCUUGAUUGGAACAUUUCUGUAAAUUGAAGUCAUCCACAUUGAUUUUAGCUAUGCUUUGCUUACAUCUUUUAUAAAUAUCCAUGUUUUCAAGAAUCACCACCCAAAUAAUUAUAGACAAAAGUAUACAUGUUGGUAUUGGAAGGGUUUAUUCCAAUGAAAAUUUUUAAUUUACAUUUGUGCUAAGUUUUGAAUUGCUAGUAAAAUGAAAACAAGCUGGGAAAUGGAAUUCCUUUCUAAACUGGGAAGUUUAAAGGAAGAAAGUAAUCUGUGAAUAUAAAAUGCUAUCAAAAUAGAGAAAAUAAAGCAGAUAAUUUCUGGAAAUAAAGCAGUUUUUUUGUCUCAGCAGUACAAAGAGCAAUGUUAUUUCAGACAACUAAACAUGUAGGAAGAGGAAUACAAAUGUAAUAUGACUGAAAAGAUCAAAGUCCUACUGCAAAUACUGUUUCUACAUAUACUUCAUUGCGGACAAAAUACAUCUCUGUAUUUCCCAUAUAUUCCCAUAUUUUGU